CUUUUUAUUAAUUCUUCUUCUAUCCUUUUUCUUACGGCCAUGUAUAGUUUCUUUCCCCCAUGCUUUGUUGAUUUUUCCCCCCCAAAGAUUUUUUUUAUCUUAUACCGGUCGAAAAGGGGAGCUAUUGGGCUAAUUUGAUUUUCACCCUUGUUACUGAUAUUUUUCUCUCUCCUCUUUUUUUGCUGUUUUGCUCUGUUAAAUGGUCUUUUUACUAUACGGAUGCGAUGUCACAUCACGAUUAGGGAGGUGCAACGGGGUGUGGACGGGUGGAUAUAUAAAAACAGAGUGGCGGCGCUCCGGCAAAACAAAAGCGAUAUUUGAUAACCGGUUAUGCCCUGCGGGCUACGCUGGCGGAGGGCCUUAAUGAAUCUAUGAUGGACAGAAUUGGUGGCGUUGCAGGUCGAUUCGAAACCUCUUCUCAAACUUUUUGCUUCCCGGUGCAUCGUCAAAUGUCGGAGUCCUGGCUGGCUAUGGGAACGAAAUGCAGGAUGUUAGCUUUGCGUGUAGUACAUAUAUCACUGGUCUUAUGGGCGAUGUAUAGUCAGUCUCCUUUUUUGUUACGAUCACACGGCAAGGCAUGGCUACAGUAUCAUGUAUGAGAUAUUGGAGGGUACUCUUUACAUAAAGGGUGGACCCUGGGAUGAUGAAUUUCAAACGAUUUGAGUUUUUUUGGUCUUUGGAUACCUAUGUUACGAUAUCAGGAUGAGGAGUUUCAGGGCACAGUGCAGUGUAUUGCAGCACAUUGUGACGAAGUGAAUC